AUGAUCAGCUUUUGGCAGGCAAAAGUAUGGCUUGAUUCACAAGAAGCCCUUCGCCCACAACGGAUCCCCCUGUGGUCUCCCCUCCUUUGCUUGCCAUCCCAUCCCAUCCCCACCCCACCACCCAAGCCAGCCGGCCGCCACCCCUCCCUCGCUUGCUCAGCCUAUAUAAAACCGACCGAACAGAACAGAUCCAUCCAUUUCCUCAUUGCUAGUUGCCUUGCGCUGCUGCCUUGGAGGCAGCGCAAGCCCUCCUCCUCCUCCUGCCACGCCGGCGAGCAAGGAGCAGCCGCGCGACCUCUCCGCCGCGGCGGCCUCCAGGGUCACUACGAGAUGAAGCCGUCCUCCUACCCCGGUGUGGCUGGUGGGACAGCAGCUUGGAUGGUGAUGCUGCUCGCCGUCGCAGCUCUCGGCUCUGCUCCCUCCGCAUAUGCCUCGGUCUCAGGUUGCAAUGCCACCGAGCUGGCCAUCGCAAUCUCCAAGGACUGCAUAGAUGCGUAUGAGCCGAUGAGUACUUCUUGCUGUUCAGCCAUUCUUCCCACGGUUGACAUGGUUGGCUGUCUCUGUUCGGUGGUCGACGAACCGAUGAUCGCUGAUUCCGGCACCACCUCCAGGGCCUUGUUUCGUCUUUAUCUGGGGUGUGGAGGUAAGAGACGUUCCGGGGACAAGCCCUACGAAAGCUGUGAUGAUUUCUCUGGGAGAUCUGCCCCAUCCCUGCCCGCCAGUCCGCCUCCUCCGAUGCCAAAGGACAUGAAUUCUGCUCCAACCAAUGACCAUGAAAGGCUGCAGAUCGAGAUAUCAACAGAGGUUGGUGCGUGGCUAUGCGCGGUGCUGUGCUUAAUCGGCGUGGGUUACAAGGUUUACAUGGAAGAACUGCCACAGUUAACAGCAGGACUCUGCCAGCGGUGAACAAUGUCUCAAUCAGAGAUCCCUCUCCAGUGAACAACAGCAAUGGCCAGAGGUCAGAGGGGAACAGCACUGCACAAGGAACCCCCCCGGAUGGAACUGAACUGGCUGCGAUGACUCCGAUGGACCAACCCAGCAGGAAGACAAGUCAUCUGUGCUUGCGUUGGCGAUCAGCACCUGAUCACUGGAUGAUGAGAACAUAAGCAAGUUUGAGUAGAAGAGAAGACAAAUGGUGUGGCAGAUGAAGAUCGAUGGAAAAGCUACUUUGCAAGAUUUCGAAUCGUCCGAAGCUGCUUUACCUUUCUGUUUAUCAUAUAAAAACAAUUUCAGGGACUAAUUAUGAAGUUUAGUUUGAAGUGUACUAGAAUUCUGAGUUUGUAUCCAGAGGUUAAUAUGCAUUUUAAAAAUGUGUAAUGUUGUUAAAGUGGCGCCAAAUUUUGGUUAAAAUAUGUCUUUGCCUUGGACGCAUGAAAAAAAAUCCAACGUACUCCCUCCGUCCCAUAAUGUAAGAUGUUUUUUGACACUACACUAGUGUAAAAAGUUCUUACAUUAUGGGACGGAGGAAGUAUUUGCUUGUUUGAUGAAUUUGAAGCUGCGCUAGUGAAGCACUAGCAAAUUGCAUGUGAAAGCUGUGCUGAUGUAUUCA